GUGUACAAUGUCCACUAUACUAUGAGCAUUAAUGGAAAAGUACAAGAUGGAUCAAUGGAAAUAGAUGCUGGAAACAACUUAGAGACAUUCAAAACGGGAAGCGGGAGUGAAGAAGCUGUGGAGGUUCAUGAUUUUCAGAUUGGUAUAACCGGAAUCCGUUUUGCUGAAGGAGAAAAGUGUUACAUCAAAGCCCAGCCAAAAGCUCAUGUUCCUGAAGUUGAUGCUAUGACUAAAGCGAGCCUCUCAUCUGAGCUGGAAGAUGAAAUCAUGCCUGUGAGAUUUGACGAAAACUCCCUUAUCUGGGUGGCUGCAGAUGAGCCUAUCAAACAUAAUGGUUUCCUAAGCCCCAAAAUUUUAGAGCUUUGUGGGGAUCUUCCUAUUUUCUGGCUGCGACCGACAUAUCCCAAAGGUAACCAAAGGAGAGAAAUGAAGAGAAACAAACGUCAGUCAGAAUCAAACUUUGAUAUAGAAGACCUGGAAGAUGCUACUGAAGACGUAAACACCAGGUUGUCCACCAUGCAGCUGACUCAAGAGCUUGAUCAUCAGUCUAAUGAAACCAGGCCAAUGGGACAAGAAGCCGACCAAACACUUAAUCCAGACAACCCAUAUAAUCAGCUGGAAGGCGAAGGGAUGACUUUUGACCCCAUGCUGGAUCACCUAGGCGUGUGCUGCAUCGAAUGCAGACGGAGCUACACGCAGUGCCAGAGAAUUUGCGAGCCUCUCAUGGGCUACUACCCGUGGCCUUACAACUACCAGGGCUGCCGUACCGCCUGCCGAAUCAUCAUGCCCUGCAGCUGGUGGGUGGCUCGUAUCAUGGGCGUCGUGUGA